UUACCUAGCAACUGCCAGCGAGAGAGCUACGUUGUUUGGCAAAAUGUCACUGCUAAGGCGGAUUUGAUUCAAUAAAAUGCAUCUCGCAUGCUUUCAGAUGAAUUUUACGGCAUGGUGAAAAUGUAAAAAAAUAAUAGCAUUUAGCCCAAAUUAGCUGCCAUAUGUGGCUGUCGCCUGAAUUCUAAGCUGGAGAGCGAGAGUGCUAAAUUAGCUUUGCUAACAGUAACGUUAACGUUACCCACCGGGUCGAUCUGUUUAUUCAAAGAUGUCUUCUCAAGAGUUACUUCGUCCUGCUGAUGAAGAGGAGGCUUUCUACGUGCAGUGCAGAGCCGCAUACCUUGCUGUGUUCAGAUCUAGUUUGACGUAUAUCACUUCGAAACAGCAGCUAUGUCGUGCUCUUCAGCAGGCUGGUAGAAAUCCAACCAAUGCAACUCUCAAUAAAUACUGGACCCAGAGAACAUCCAAACUGAACUUUGAUGACUUCUGUGAGAUUCUUAAAAAUGAGAAGAGAACUGAGGAAACAGAGCUGAUGAGAGCCUUCAAAAAGAUGGAUGUGAACAGCGAUGGCUACAUUUCACACAGUGAACUGGAGAAGGCCCUCACCACUAAAGGAGAGAAAAUGACCCCCGAAGAGGUGAAUGCUAUUUUCUCAUUGGCUGACAUCAACAAAGAUGGAAAACUGGACUAUGCAGAAUUCUGCAGAUUGCUUGUGUCUACAGCAGAGCAGUGUCAGAUGGCUGCUUUGGAGAGGCUCGACGCUAACGCCAAGCUGAAGAGACAGAACUUUGGCAGUCAGUCAUACAGCCCUCCGAAGAGCUCAGUGUCACCGGCAUCAUCAGCAGCAGCCCAAGCGGCAGCGACUCUCUCUCAGCCUCCAGAAUCAGACACCGCACUCAAGAAAGAGAGCCGAUCAUCCUCCCGUCUUUCUUCUGCUCGCAGUAGACGGUCGUCCCUGUCGAACUCAAUCACAGUGACAUCCAGCAGCACUAAGGGCAGCAAAAUCCCAGAGCCUUCAGGCUUACAGGAGUGGCAUCACAGUUAUAUGAAGGGCUGUUUCUUCUUGGAGGAUGAUGGGAGUAUCGGCUCUCUACAGUACCAGCUCCACGUCCCCCAGACAGCUAACAUCUACCUAACCAUUCAACCACUCAGCUUCAGCCACGGACCCGGUACUGGCACUGACAAGCCUUCUUCAUGGAUGACAGUGGACACAGCUCUUUUUGUCAUGUCAGCUGGUGAAAUCAGAGAGGAAUCAACUUUAGUGUGUUUCACUGAGUCGAAAGACAAAGAAAAGUAUGUUUGGAAAGGAGAAUUGCAUGCUGGGACUUACUACCUGCUUCCCUUUACCAGUGGCUGCAAACUAAAGAAAAGGAGCAAAAAGAGCCUUUCUGAUAAACCGUUAGAGCUCAUCUACAGGACUGACACUGGAGAACUAGACCUCACCAGGGAGCUCAGGGAGGUGCUGUCUGACAUCUUUGAGGUGAUAGACCUGGAUGGGAAUGGCUUGCUCAGUCUGGAGGAGUACAAUUUAUUUGAGCUAAGGACCAGUGGAGAGAAAUGCGACAAGGAUGCUUGGGCUGUCUGCAAAGAGAACUUUGAUAUGAGAAAGAACCAGCUAACAAAGCAGGGUUUCAUGGAGCUGAACUUGAUGGAGGCCACGGAGAAAGAUGGAGACCCUGCAGACCUGUGGGUCACCCUGGAAGCCAUGGGCUACAACCGAAUGCUGGAGUUGGUAGAGGCUUGUCCAUUCCAGAUAGAUGUGCACUGUGAAGGCACUCAGCCAUCCAUCCAGCCACUCAGUAUGGACUCAGGGCCCAAACUUCUGAUCCAGGCCCUCCAGAAGUCCAUCACAGCCAGGACAGGGGCCAAAGCACUGAGGGGACAAGAUAACGUCUUCAUCUACACCUACCGAGGAGAACACAGGAUCUCCUCCCUCAUAGCCAACAAGGCCAACCAGAAAGUGACUGUCCAUGUAAACAAUGAGCAGAGCAGGAACUGCUGCAGCAGCAGAGGCAUGAGUGUGUUUGCUGUUGAGGUGCCAGCCAGGACUAAGAUGGUGUGCCAACACAUCCUGCCCAUCAAUGAGAGACAAGAUUGGACCUACAACUGUGUGGAGACCAUACUACCCUGCUAGUAAAACUGUACUCCCGUCACCCACCUAUGCUAAUGAUACAGAUAAGCGAUGGCCGGAAAUGAUUCAUAAACCAGUGGUUUCAAAUAGGAUACAAAACAAAUAGAAACUGUUCUAUAUUCACUGGCAAUGUGAAAACUGUGUGACUGGUCAGACCAAAUGUGUUAUUUUACUGUAACUAAGAAGGUCCAAAAGGAACACUGCAUAAUCAUUUUAACUUUUAGAAACCCCAUGUUCAAGUCUUACCUGUAAAUUUUAUAAAGCCUCAUAUGUCAGACAUCAGGAGCUGAGACCUUCUGCCUGCUUGUGGUAAGAACUGUGUUUCAGAAGCUCUGUGACUUGAUGCAUCAGAGGCAGCGAGAGACGGUCACUAUAGUGAUAAAGUACAGCUGAAAAUGGUUGUUACUGUUUGUGUGACAUGUUUCCAAACAUUUCAAAAUUCCAGUGUCGGGUCGCGGGGGGAGCAGCUCCAGCAGGGGACCCCAAACUUCCC